UGCCCUCAAAACCGGUUUGGCACCAACUGCAGCCAAGUUUGUCAAUGCAGCCACCCAGACGCCUUGUGCGAUCCUGUAACCGGUCGGUGCCAAUGUCCUCCUGGUUGGCAGGGCGAGAUGUGCGAACGACCUUGCAGCGAACCCGGCUUUUUCGGCAAACACUGUCAAGAGAGGUACGUGAGAAGAGGACAGUUGGGCUGUUUGGUCUUUGACCCAGCCGUCGCCAAUGCGUUCCCAAAGUGCAGAGGCAUAAGCUGA